GCUUCUUUCUUGCUCUACUCACUCUUCCUCCUCCAACAACCCGUCCCCUUCACCACUCCAUCCGUCUCUCCUCCGACCUUUGUCUGUCCCUGACAACGACGCCCUUACCCUCUCCCGCUUAGCUUUUCCUUUUGACCUUACCCAUUUCCUCGCACACCUUCGCAGUAACGACAUGUGUGGAAUCACUGCUUUGCUCUUGGCCGAUCACAACUUGAUGGCCAGCCCUGAGUUGCAUGAGGGCCUCGGCAUGCUCCAACAUCGUGGCCAGGAUGCGGCCGGUAUUGUCACCUGCGGAAACAAGGGCCGCCUGUACCAGAUCAAGGGCAACGGCAUGGUUCGUGAUGUGUUUGAUCAGCCCAAGCUGGAGCAGCUUGUGGGCAGCAUGGGUGUUGGUCAUGUCCGUUAUCCUACCGCUGGAUCGUCCUCGAUGUCGGAAGCGCAGCCCUUCUACGUCAACAGCCCCUAUGGAAUCGUCUUUGCCCACAACGGAAAUUUGGUCAAUGCCGACGAGCUGCGCACAUUCCUCGACCAGGAUGCCCAUCGCCACAUUAACACAGAGUCCGACUCGGAGUUGCUUCUCAAUAUCUUUGCGAACAACCUACAGAAGAUUGGCAAGUUUCGUAUCAACGAAGAGGAUAUCUUUAGCGCGAUCAAGGGUAUCUUUGAUGUCUGUCAUGGUGGAUACGCCUGCGUUGCCAUGAUUGCUGGAUUCGGAAUCAUUGGUUUCCGUGACCCCCAUGGUAUUCGUCCAAUUGGUUUCGCCAAGCGCGCAUCUCCCAAGGGCACGGACUACAUGUUCGCGUCGGAGAGUGUUGUGUGCGAUGGAUGUAGCUUCCACGAUUUCGAGGACCUUAGGCCCGGCGAGGCGGUGAUUGUCAACAAGAACGGUGUGGUGACAAGGCGUGAGCUGGUUCCUGAGGCCAACUUUUCACCCUGUAUUUUUGAGUACGUCUACUUUUCUCGCCCGGAUUCAAUCAUUGAUGGGAUCUCCGUCUACAAAUGCCGCUUGGCUAUGGGCGAGGCUCUGGCGGAUCAGGUCUUGAAGAAAUUGGGACCCAAUCACGAUGUGGAUGUUAUUAUUCCAGUCCCCGAUACCAGCCGUGUGGCAGCUCUGCAGACGGCCUACAAGCUGGACAUCACCUACCGUGAGGGCUUUAUCAAGAACAGAUACAUCGGACGCACGUUCAUCAUGCCUGGACAGGCGAUGCGCAAGAAGACAGUUCGUCGCAAAUUCAAUGCGAUGUCGCUCGAAUUUGCUGGCAAGAACGUGUUGAUUGUGGAUGACUCGAUCGUCCGUGGCACAACGUCGAAGGAGAUUGUGCAGAUGGCCCGCGAUGCCGGUGCGAAGAAGGUGUACCUGGCGUCAUGCGCACCUGCUAUCCGAUACCCGAAUGUCUAUGGCAUUGAUAUGCCCUCUCCCAAGGAGCUAAUUGCGUUCAACAAGGACGAGGAUGAGAUUGCUGAGGCCCUGGGUGCGGAUAAGGUGAUCUUCCAGAACCUGGAGGGAUUGGUGGUAUCGUGCCAAAAAUUCAACCCAAGCAUUACCUCGUGGGAUGCGUCGGUAUUUGAUGGCAAGUAUAUUACGGGCAAGGUUGAUGAGGCAUACUUGCAGCAUCUUGAGGAUCUGCGGGCGGAUGGAAAGAAGGCCACGUUUGAGAACACGCAGAGUCCAGAGACCCUGGGACUGUACAACUUCAACCUGCAGCUCAAAUAAGGCGCGCUCGUUCGAUCGUUUCGCUACACUUUGACUUGGUCUUUUCUUUCAUGUAUUUAUUUCAACAAUAUCGACAUUCAAACAACUACAUCAGCAAUAACAAUAACAACAACAAACAUCAGAAAUAUUAUGCAUAGUUCCUCCGCCGACCACCUCUAACAAUCUGGCAUAUCUCAAGCACAGCAUGAGGGACUUCAGCACACACGCGUUUCGAGGUGUAGCCGAUUUAUUCCUCUAUCCGUUUGUUUCUUUUGUCCUCGUUCUCUCUUCCCUUUUCCUCAUCGCGCUUCCAUUUCGCUCUAGAUAUCUACAUAUAUUACAUAUAUAUAUAUAUAUAUUCAUUAAAAAGCUGUAUAAU